ACGUGACGAGGCCCGGAAGCGGCUGCCCGGGCAUCAAAGGAGGAUGGAUAGGGGCUGACACAGAAGCCGGGAAGGGUGGGCUGUGCUGAAGCCAGAGCCAGAGCCUGAACUGGGGCCGGAACCCGAGCAGUUAGUUUCUCCACUGCCGAGCUCCGGCUGGCGGCGCUCGCCGCCUUGGGCAGGACCCACCUCGCCUUCCUCCCGGCGUAGCAGAUGCUCCAGCUGCCAUGUCCACGCAGAGACUUCGAAAUGAAGACUACCACGACUACAGCUCCACGGACGUGAGCCCCGAGGAGAGCCCGUCGGAAGGCUUCAACAACCUCUCCUCCCCGGGCUCCUACCAGCGCUUUGGUCAAAGCAACAGCACAACAUGGUUCCAGACCUUGAUCCACCUGUUAAAAGGCAACAUUGGCACAGGACUCCUGGGGCUCCCUCUGGCAGUGAAAAACGCAGGCAUCGUGAUGGGUCCCAUCAGCCUUCUGGUCAUAGGCAUCGUGGCCGUGCACUGCAUGGGGAUCCUGGUAAAAUGUGCUCACCACUUCUGCCGCAGGCUGAAUAAAUCCUUUGUGGAUUAUGGUGACACUGUGAUGUAUGGACUAGAAUCCAGCCCCUGCUCUUGGCUCCGGAACCAUGCACACUGGGGAAGACAUGUUGUGGACUUCUUCCUGAUUGUCACUCAGCUGGGAUUCUGCUGUGUCUAUUUCGUGUUUCUGGCUGACAACUUUAAACAGGUGAUAGAAGCGGCCAAUGGAACCACCAAUAACUGCCACAACAAUGAGACGGUGAUUCUGACCCCCACCAUGGACUCGCGACUCUACAUGCUGUCCUUCCUGCCCUUCCUGGUGCUGCUGGUUUUCAUCAGGAACCUCCGAGCCCUGUCCGUCUUCUCCCUGUUGGCCAACAUCACCAUGCUGGUCAGCUUGAUCAUGAUCUACCAGUUCAUUGUUCAGAGGAUCCCGGACCCCAGCCACCUCCCCUUGGUGGCUCCCUGGAAGACCUACCCUCUCUUCUUUGGCACAGCGAUUUUUGCAUUCGAAGGCAUUGGAAUGGUUCUACCCCUGGAAAACAAAAUGAAGGAUCCUCGGAAGUUCCCACUCAUCCUAUACCUGGGCAUGGUCAUCGUCACCAUCCUCUACAUCAGUCUGGGGUGUCUAGGGUACCUGCAAUUUGGAGCUAAUAUCCAAGGCAGCAUAACCCUCAACCUGCCCAACUGCUGGUUGUACCAGUCAGUUAAGCUGCUGUACUCCAUCGGGAUCUUUUUCACUUACGCGCUCCAGUUCUACGUCCCGGCUGAGAUCAUCAUCCCCUUCUUUGUGUCCCGAGCACCCGAGCACUGUGAGUUAGUGGUGGACCUGUUUGUGCGCACAGUGCUGGUCUGCCUGACAUGCAUCUUGGCCAUCCUCAUCCCCCGCCUGGACCUGGUCAUCUCCCUGGUGGGCUCCGUGAGCAGCAGCGCCCUGGCCCUCAUCAUCCCACCGCUCCUGGAGGUCACCACCUUCUACUCAGAGGGCAUGAGCCCCCUCACCAUCUUCAAGGACGCCCUGAUCAGCGUCCUGGGCUUCGUGGGCUUUGUGGUGGGGACCUAUGAGGCCCUCUAUGAGCUGAUCCAGCCAAGCAAUGCUCCCAUCUUCAUCAAUUCCACCCGUGCCUUCAUAUAGGGAUCUGGGUUCGUCUCUGCAGCUGCCUACCCCUGCCUCGUGUGUCCCCCGUUACCUGUCCCCAGAGCCUCAGGUAUGGUCCAGGCUCUGAGGAAAAUCAGGGUUGCUGUGUGGGAACCCCUCUGCCUGGCUCCUGGAUACCCCGGGCCAGGUAACCUGAGGGCAGGGGAGAAGUGGGGUGGCAGACAUGCAGAAGUGCCACUAGUGACAGGGCCGCCAUCGGUCACUUGUACCUAUUUACACCCAGAACUUUCCAGCUCCCCCUCAUCAUGCCUCCUCCUUCCUUCCCCGCUGCUGGUGCGCCUCACCCAAUUCAUUCUUACUGCACAGUUCACUUUAUUUAACAAUUUUAGUGUCCCCCACCUCAUGUGUUCACCUUUUCCGGUCUAGGCAUAGAUUAAAUAACUGGGAACUCCCCCUCUUUAUAAAGCUGGGCUUCUUUCUCAUCUCUCUCCCAAAUGUUGUAUCUCAGUAUUCUUCCUGCUCGAGUCUCCAGGGGGUGGCUGGACCUACCUGGUCAUUUGAAACAGGCUCCCCAAACUGGAGUUUUUAAUCUUGACUCUCUGGCUUGCUGUGCCCCUUAAGGCAAUGCUUCUCUUCAGCGGAUUCCUUAGGAUGGGUUACAGUACUGUAUUCUUAGUUGCUUUAGCUCUUGAAACAUAGGAAGUGUUGCCUAAACUGAAAAUAUUUAUCUUUUAUUUAAAAUCAGAUUUUUGUUUUUAGACUGUCUCUAGAUCUGGCGCUAUUAUGAAUUACUUCUUCUUCAGUAAACUUUGACUCAACUUCUCCUGCUGAAAAGAAGCUCGCUCCAGGAGAUGUCUGCUGGGGUCCUCGGCACUCUUGGCUGAGGACUCAAAGGUUUUAAUCAGGAUCAUCUAAAAAUGUACCUCGGUGAGGAGGCACAGAUUUUGCCUCCUGUUGACCAGCCUGGUUUCAUACUGAAAAGACAUUGAAGGACUGCAGAAGUGUGUGGGUGCACUGGGCCGAGGGAAGGGUGGCUGAGUGAAAGGCAUAUAAAAUGGGGCUGUGUGCAUGCAGGCCCAUGUUUCAGCCUCAGCCCAUGCCAGGUGAAAGGAUCAGCAAUGCUCAGUUGCCAUCGUGCUGGGACGACACCCACUCUAUUGCCACGGAUGAGUAGCUGAGGUCAGUGUGCACAGAGAGUUUGAAAUUAAGUUCAUAGACUUUACAGCAGCUGGUCUGACACUACGCGCGGUGCUUGGUUGUUUACAAUCAGUGGGGAAUAGGGCAGAACCAGUGCCCGGCCCCACACUGCCUCUGUGGCUUGGACUUUGAAAGGAACCACUGAACACUAAUUAUGAGCCCUGUCUUUCCCCCAGAAUGCCUCCCUGGGUUUCGCAAACAGCCUUCAGGUUGGCCCUCCUCAAGGUCAGCCUUCAGAUUUGGGAGCAAACUUCAGAGAAGGCAGAGGAAGAUACAUUGCCUUGCUGUGGGCUGCCUCUUCUUUCCUCUUGGUGUACGAAGUAUUUCAGAAGGCCAUUGAUGAAUUUCCCCUCUUUAGCUGUGUGUGUGUGCACAUGUGUGUGUGCACGGUGUGUGUGUAUGUGUUCCUGUGUAAGUAACAGAACCGACUCCUUGUCUCCUCUGUUCCGUCACCAGGCUCUUACUUCACUGCAGAUACAGUUCACUCUGAAAGUUGGUUGAAGGAGAGCAGCAAAAAUGUAUCAGAGGUUUUGCUUCUGUGUUUCCCCCAAAGCUCAUAAGGGCUGUGACGCAGCCACAUGGCCCCAGUUUUUUCUGUCUCUUCUGUUCCAAAGCCAGGAGAGCUGACUUCCAGGUGAAGGGAUGGGAAAAGUGGACUCUCAAUGUAGUGACUCCCCACCUACCUAAUAAUUUGUUAACUUAGGAACAUGCCGUCAUUGUUGACUUGUUCUUCCUUAGGAGAAGGACGCUUUUCACCACCCUUUCUGUUCUAUGGUGGACUCUUAACAGGUGCUAUGUGACCACGAAUCUAGCUGGGAGUAGCAGAGGCCCUGUCUUCUGAAGUCGCAGGCUUAGAAGUUACCAAAGUGGGCUCGGAAACUGUCAUCUCCUGGUUCCAAGUUCGGGCUCUGGCAGCCCAGCCACUAUCUUAGCUGUCUUCCCCAGCGGUGCUAAGAGUGGUCUCAGUGAGAAGGUAGAGGCCAACUGGAGGGCCAGACCUGUAUCCUGCCCAUGUCCUCCUUGGUGGACGUUUCUGUUUACUCAGAGCUGCUAGAGGCCAUCCUGCCCAGCCGAGUUCUGAGAUUGGGACUGUGAUGUUGGCACCUGAGGACUGGAUGGGAGAAUACUGGGGGUCCCCCAGCUCUUAGCAAGAUGCAGGCUAUUGCUGCCUGGCUGUGAGAACACGGUAUGUAGGAGAGUUGGCUGUAGCCUUAGGAUUUCUGGAAGCCAAUUUGGCAUUGCCUGUUUGAUCUCUGGCUUGUGUUCCUGCUACACUUACAGACUGAUUGCGUGGCUCUUCCAGAAGACCCAGGAAGGGCAGCUCCAGCUGGUGGGCCUUCCUGGCUGUGCAGGUGCACAGCUGUUAGGCAUCAAGCAAAGGGUCAGCCAGUCAGUAGUAGUGGGAGGAAGCCCUUCUUCCUCUUAUGCAAGCAGCUCUCAGCCAGCCCAGAAUCUCUUAUGCAGCCCAAAGGGCUUCUUGAAGCAGAGAAGCCUCCCUGGUGUCCUCCCACCAUAAGUAGAAAUACGAUCACAGAGCAACAGAGCAAAGGCUUUCAGGAGUGUGAGGCUGCAUCUGCUGGAGCAAAGGGGAGCCGUGGGCUUUCCCAGCUAGAUACUCUUGAGCUUUGUGACCCUGCUCCUGUCACUCCAAUUUCCCCGAGUCAGAGGUAGCUUUCUCAGAGCCCCUUGGUGGUUCUCUCCUCCAAAUGCUGCUGUUGGGAGCAGGCUUCCAGCUCUCAGUGGGCAGUGCACCUCCUGCUAAAUGCAGACACUUGCUGGGAAGAGUGUGAGCUGGCAUCUUCUGUUCACUCUGCCUAGCAGUUGCCACCAUUCAGAAGUGGCAUUAUUUAUGUUGUGCUGCUGUCCAGCUGCUAUGAUCCCCUCAUCUGCACAAGCCCUGGCGAGAUAUGUGUGAAUGUGUGUCAUUUCACUUCAGCUGCCCUCUUCCAUCUCUCCUCUGCAGCCAGAUUCAUUGGCUGAUGCUCACUGCUCACUGUCUAUCCCCAGGAAAUUUAUAGUUUUAUCAAUAGUCUUAAAGUGUUGAUCCUAAACAAGUGCAUUUGAAAAAUCAUGUUUCUUCUCUCUCAUCUCUCAUCUUACUUUUCUCUUCUCAGAUUUCUCCCUUCCUAGAACAUUAUCUCUGUUUAGCACGAAUGUUCACCUCAUAUUUUUCAGAAGUGCAAAAAUCUCAAUUUAUGUCUGUUUACAGCUCUCUCUCCUCACUGCUCACAGCAAGGGUUUCUGUAUCAGUGAAUUUUAUUUUGUAGCUGCUGAGAUGUGAAGGCAAGCUUCAGCAUCUGUCCCCACUGGGUCCACAAUGCUGCUUCCUCAAUGCUGCUUCCUCAAAGAGAAGACAGAGUCCAAGUGGCAGGACUUAGAAGUUAAUUUUCCAAAGUACAUUACAAAUCUCUGAGGCCAUUAGGGGAAAAGGAAGCGGUGUGGUUUGUCUUUGAAAUUACGGUUAAUACUUUUAGACAGUAAGUCCGACUGGUUGCAAAGCUGUUUGCCCCAACAAUAUCAGCUUGUAACAUUUCUUCUCUUUCCUUUGUGCCACUGAGUCGUUCCCUGGCCAGAGGACAUAAAUGGUCCUGAUAGGAGGUUAUCAGAGUAAGGAAGGUAGGAGAUAUAGGUGCAGGGUGCCUGUCAUUCACUGUGUUAUUUGGUUUAAAUCAAAGUGAUUCUGGGGAAGCUAUGUUCUUUCAGUGAAUAAUAAAAUUGGUAACUCUAUUGUAAAACAUGUCAAUGGUGUGUGAAGAAAAUCAACCAAUCCGUAGGUGUUGCUAACUAGACAGUACUGUGUGUGUUACGUGCCUGCGUGGAUGUGCACUUCCACUUCCAGCACGGUAUGUGUAGCGAUGUGGAUCAUGCCAGAGUUCAUAGAUCCUGUUUGGGAGUUUGCACAUGGAUCAUAUGUUAAGCUUUUUCUUUUCAAUAAAUGAAUUUUAUUUUUUAUUUUUGAGAGGUUGCUGUCUGUGUCUUUUUUUUUUUUUUUCCUUUUUAUAUCACUCAGAUCCCUUGACUAGAUACUGGGUUAGAUGUUUCUGGUUUAUGCCACAGAGUUCAUAUGAGAGUGGCACAAGCAGUAGACCCUUCCAUGGAAUUAAGAGUUGCCCAAGAAGAAAGGGACCAGGAAUGUUUUUUUAUUUUUUUCUGUUAGACAGUCCUCCCCUCCCUAACCCUCCUUCCGCUUCUCUCGAAGACUUGAGUAAGAAUUUUCAGCCCUCUCCUUACAUAGCAGAUGAGCCCACAUGACAGGUGAGAUGGCCAGUUUUAUAUGUGUCAACUUAUAAUUCAGUCAAACGCUAAUCCAGGUGUUGCUGCGAAGGUGUUUUGUAAAUGUGGUUAACAUCUAUAAUCAGUUGCCUUUAAGUAAAAGAGGUUUUCUCAGUAUUGUGGGUGGGCCACAUUCAAUCACUGUAAAGGCCUUUAGAGCAAAGCUGAAGUUUCGUUGGAGAAGAAAUUCUGCCUCCAGACUGCAGCAUCAGCUCCUACGGGCCUGCCCUAUGACUCGCAGACUUGCCGGCUCACACAGUCAUGGGAGCCAGUUCCUUGAUCUCUCUCUCAGUCUCUCUAUGUGUAUUUAUAUUCAUAUAUGUGUAUGUAUAUAUGUGUGUGUAUAUAUAUAUAUAUAUCUCCUACUGGCUUUGUUUCUCUGAAGAAAUCUGACACAAUAGGUAACACUUAAUUUUCUUGAAAUGUGAAGAUUAAUUUCAGGACAGGACAACGGAAGAGAUGACACCCCUUCCCUUCUCUUUUUGUCACUGAGUGGGAAAACACACUUAAGGCUUAAAAUGUUUAUUCUCAAUACAUUGGUUCCCCGCAAAAAAAAUUACUUGGAAUUUGUUCCCACCAGCAAGCACGCAAUCAGUUGUGCAGCAAACACUAGCCAGGUGUGCUCCAAUUCAAUUCUGACACCACCUGCCUGGAGAUGGCGUCAGAUCCCACAGGAUGAGGGCUCAGUCCCCAAGAGUGACACCCCUCACCACCACCACCACUUCCAGUGCCAAUUGCAAGUACCAGGUUGUUUACCUGUGCUUCUGACUGGCUAAAAAUUGUAAAUCGGGGUUCCCAUGACUCUGUUUUGGGGUUUGAUUAAUUUGCAGAGUAGCUCAUAGAACUCAGGGAAAUACACUUACUUGUAUAAGUUUAAAAACAGAGCCUUUAAGGAACACUCUUAAAAGUAUAAUAUUUUAUCAAGAGAGGAAGGCGAGCAUGUAGUCUAUUUUCAUUGUCAUUAUCAUUUCUGGAACAGGAAGGUCAAAGAGAUUUAGCAGCUAUGCCAAGCUGCCCAUCAGUAGGUAGCAGCAUUGGGAUACACACGCAAGUCUUCUGGUUCCAGAACCUGAGUGCUUCCCAAGGCGCUGGCUGCCUGUCUUUGUUGCAACCUCAAGAGGGAGGUUUGCCUUGAGAAAUUGUCAUGAGGGUUAGAGAGAAUGUUGUAAAGUGCCAUAUGUAAUAAUCACAAAGGACUUAUUAAACAUUUUCUGAAAUAUUCGCUGACUUGUAGAAAACCAGGACUCCAAAGUACUUCUGCUUGUUGUUCUGGCUGUCCAUCCGUGCACUGAUGUCUUGUUCACUUCCUCUGUGGAGUGCACUCGAUCCUCUUUUAGGUUGUCCACCUCUUGAAGUUUUUAUUUCUGCUCACAGUUACACCUAAUGGCUGUAACCUCUUCUUCCAGAUAGCCAGGGCCCUCCGGCAAGCCCAUUGCACUACUACUGGAGGAAUAAACCUGAGUGACAGUGGACUGAAUUUAGACCCUAAGCCUGGGGCUCUUUGCCAUGUAGGUUGCCUUCCUCAUAGUUAGCCUAUUGUGGUUGUGCUGAGGAACUAUGUGUGUCUUUAAUGGGUAUGCUUUACUAGACCCUUGGCCAUUGGUCUCCUU